AGCUGAGAGGCAGCCAUGGCGGGGUCGAGGUUCGGGUCCUUCAAGUCGGAGAAGGGCGACUCAGCAGCGGCUGCGGCGGCGGCUGCCGCCCCGCAGAGGAAGGACCCGUACGAGGUGCUCGGGGUGGGCCGCACCGCCACCGACCAGGAGAUCAAGAGCGCCUUCCGCCGCAUGGCGCUCAAGUACCACCCUGAUAAGAACGGCGAUGACCCCGUCGCAUCAGACAAGUUCCAGGAGGUCACAUUUUCCUACAGCAUCCUGUCGGAUCCCAACAAGAGGAGGCAGUACGACACGUCGGGGUUCGAGGCCAUCGAGACUGAUAGCCAGGAGCUGGAGCUGGACCUGUCGAGUCUCAAUACAGUAAACACCAUGUUUGCAGCUAUUUUCAGCAAGCUUGGUGUGCCAAUCAAGACAACUGUUUCAGCAACCGUUUUGGAGGAAGCAUUGAAUGGGUCUGUUAUGGUUUCUCAGCUCCAGCUAGGGAACUCCGUGCGCAAGAAGGUGGAAAAGCAAACGGCUCACUUUUAUUCUGUAGACAUAACAGAACAGGAAGCUAAGAAGGGGCUAGUUUGCCGUGUGCACUCGACUGAAAGAAGCAAAUUUAAGCUGCUUUAUUUUGAGCUUGAAGAAAAUGGUGGGUUGAGCCUUGCACUGCAGGAAGACAGUGUAAAGGCAGGCAAAGUUAGUGCCGCAGGAAUGUACUUUCUUGGGUUUCCUGUGUAUCGUUUUGAGCAAAAUAACUCGGCAUCUGCUGCAAAGGAUCCUGAUAGCGCAUUUUUUAAAAGGUUGGAUAGUUUCCAACCAUGUGACAUUAAUGAACUGAAACCAGGAACCCACUUUUUUGCUGUCUACGGUGACAAUUUCUUCAAAAGUGCAAGCUAUACUAUAGAGAUUGUGUGUGGCGAAUCUUUCUCUGCUGAAAAGGAGAAGCUACAAAAUGUGGAGGCAAAGAUACUCACAAAACGAGCUGAGCUGUCUAAAUUCGAGGCUGAGUAUCGUGAAGUUUUGGCAAAGUUCACUGAAAUGACCAGCAAAUACACGCAAGAAAUGCAAACGAUUGAUGAGCUUCUGAAUGAAAGGAAUGUAAUCCAUGCAUCCUAUACAAACAAUCCACCUCUAAAACGGAGUUCGAGCAGGAACAAAUCAAAAUCACCUUCAAAAGUGUUCAAAUUUGAUGAAGAGAAAAAUCAAAGGAAAGAGAAGAAAGUAAAGGAUCAGCCCGUGGAGGGAUGUGGAAGCGAGGAUGACAACUCAAGUGAAAAGAAAACCAACGCAAGGAAGAGAUGGUUAAACAUUCCUUUCAAAGUUGACAGGAGAAAGGCGUGCUAAGCAAAGUAAACGUACAACCGAAAUACAGAUCAUUUUCAUUUUGACUGCAUGGAAGAACUCCCUUGCUGUUACUCAGAUAAGGAUAUGAGAACCUUGUUCUGUUUUUGUGCCGCCUAGUUUGUUUCUUGCAAAGAUUGGGGUGCAAGCCUAAGCUCGAUAUGUAUGGUUAUGAGACACGAGCACUCAUAGCAUGUAGCGCCGCUGCCAUGUAGCCCAGUUCCAUAUUCUUUCAAGUAAGAUAUGUUGAUUUUGAUUUCAUUGGCUUCGUUAACCAGUUGUAAAUAUUAGUCAUCUCGCUCCAUUGUGUGCUACACAAAUUUUUCUGUCUUUUCCCUUUGGAUCAAUGAUGUGUAUAUAACCAA